UGACAGACACGCGCCAGAGCUUGGACAUAACAGACGCUACGUUCUCUUCGUUCGUUCGGCUUUGCGCUCCAUUCAAACGCAGGCAUAAAAGAAAAAAGUCCUCAUCAAAGUCGGCCAUCUUGGUUGAAGUAAAUUUUGAGUGUGCCCCGUCAGUGCGCCCAAAGCGGAAAAAGACGAGAAAAGUGGAAGCCGAUUUCGGUGCGGUGUGCGUGAUCAGAGUGAUUCAGUGAAAUUAUUAAAUUAAUUAACUGUUCUGCGCUGAAAUGGGUGAUUAUCAUCACGAUUCGCUCGGUACAACCCAAAUGGAGAUCGGAGGCAAUCCGGGUUUGGGACUGCGGCGUGCCUUCGACCCGACCGCCCAUGACUUGGAAGCUUCGUUCCGAUUAACACGCUUCGCCGAUCUGAAAGGCCGCGGCUGUAAAGUACCGAAGGAUGUGCUUGAAAAGUUGGUGUCCUCGCUGCAGCAGGAUUACACACAGGAUCCGGAGGCGGCUUACCUGUCCAUGUCGUCGCCGCGGAUUGGAAUCGGACUGGACUGUUCGGUGAUUCCGCUGCGGCACGGUGGCCUUUGCAUGGUCCAAACGACGGACUUCUUUUACCCGAUUGUGGACGAUCCCUACAUGAUGGGUAAAAUCGCCUGUGCCAACGUUCUCAGCGAUCUGUACGCCAUGGGAGUGACCGAGUGCGACAACAUGCUGAUGCUGCUGGCCGUGAGCACCAAAAUGACCGAGAAGGAACGAGACGUGGUCAUUCCGCUAAUUAUGCGAGGAUUUAAGGAUUCCGCUCUAGAGGCCGGGACGUCUGUCACCGGAGGGCAGAGUGUGGUCAACCCCUGGAGUACAAUCGGUGGAGUGGCGACCACAAUCUGCCAGCAGAAUGAAUUCAUCGUUCCGGACAACGCCGUCGUGGGUGAUGUGUUGGUCCUGACGAAGGCCCUCGGAACUCAAGUUGCCGUCAACGCGCACCAAUGGUUGGAUCAAUCGGAACGUUGGAACCGCAUCAAGCUUGUCGUUUCCGAGGAGGACGUUCGCAAAGCUUAUCACCGGGCGAUGGAUUCCAUGUCGCGGUUGAACCGUAUCGCUGCCCGAUUGAUGCACAAGUACAACGCUCACGGGGCCACAGACAUCACUGGAUUCGGACUCCUAGGCCACGCACAAACAUUGGCAUCACAUCAAAAGAACGACGUUUCCUUCGUAAUUCACAACCUUCCCGUUAUCGCCAAGAUGGCCGCUGUUGCCAAGGCCUGCGGAAACAUGUUCCAGUUGUUGCAGGGCCACUCGGCAGAAACCUCCGGAGGUUUGUUGAUUUGUUUGCCACGUGAACAGGCCGCCGCUUACUGUAAGGACAUCGAAAAGCAGGAGGGUUGCCAAGCAUGGAUUAUUGGCAUUGUUGAGAAGGGCAACCGCACGGCUCGAAUCAUUGACAAACCACGAGUGAUUGAAGUUCCCGCUAAAGAGUAAGAUCUCAUCAUUUUGUGAAAAGCAUUCUUUCCUUUUAUUGAGCAGUUUGACGAAUCCGACCAUAAUAGCCUAUUCAGACUAUUAGCUCAUUAUAAUUUGAUAAAGAGUAUCAUUAUAUCAAAGUACACAUCCAAUAUUCACUGAAUAAUAAUCUAGAUGACUUUAUAUCAAGAUACACUUUAUUAAGUGAUGAAGCUCAAAGUCUGAAUAGGUUGUAAUGGUUUAUCUGUUGAGAUGUUUGUAAUAUUUCAACAAUUCUGAAGUAAAGUUACUCUUCUUACAAUCCAAA